AGUUUAACUCUCCAUAGGUACACACAUUUGUUGAAUUGCUGGAUACUGCGGAUUUGGAUUUAUCUGAAGAAACAAAAUAUUUACUAAAAACAUAUCUAAUAGGUGUUUUCUGUAUAUUGGUAGAGCCCAAACGAAAAGAUAACACAAUGUGCAACUUAAGGAAAGCUUCUUCAGCUCUACAUAAACUUUUUGUGUAUGGUGGUUUAAAAUAUGGUCAGCCAAGCCAUUCCAUAUUAGCGAACAAUGCCAAUGGGUUGUCGAAAUUUUGGUGCCGCGCUACUACAACUGAAAAGUAUCCCUUGGUUAUUGCAACACGUUAUAACAUUCCAUUUUUGCUCAAUAAACCAGGCAUGGGCUAUUACGUGACUGGCGAAAUAUACGAAGUUGAUGAUAAAAUGUUAAAAUCUUUGGAUAAUUUGGAGGAUUGCGAAGAUAUUUACCUACGUGAAAAGCGCGAUAUGAACAUUGGCAUCGGAGAAGGCACUGUGCCUUGUUACGUUUAUUUGCUGGAUAAAUAUCCCGAGAAGCUUUUAAAUCUACCAUUCUUGUCCAGCUAUGAAAAUGGGCCGGCUCAUCCAUAUGUCCCUCGCAAUCAGCGCCAUCACAAACAUCCUCCCAACGAAGAUUUAUCUUACACCAAAACGACUGUGGUAGCCUGAAUUCUAUUAUCUCAGGAUAUUUUGUUAUUUUAAUCAAAUCGAUAAUCUUCCUCAAAAGAUGUUACAUAAAUACAAAUCUUUUGGUUAUAUAUGUAGUAUGUCGACUUUUAGCUUUAUAUAAGUUUUACACAUAUGUAUGUACAUAUAUAUAAUAUUACAUAUGUACUAUUUACUCUUAAAAUGAAGCAAACAUGUAUCUUAACGAUCCGAAUCGUUGCUUCCCUUUAGUAUACUUAAAGUAUUGCAUUUGUUUACCUAUGUAAAUCGUAUUCGUCGUUUCACCGGACUCGAGAAUAAAAAUGUCCAAUAAAAAUUUUAUAAGAA